UCUUCUCCCCCUGAGCCACAUUCCUGGACACCCUGGGUGAGGAGAGCUGUUAGUGGGGCACCUGGAGAGAAACUACCACAUUCCUGGAGGAGCCAGCGAAGCACAGACAGACUUGACUCUGAUUUGACUUCCACCGUCACCUCUGACCCUUUAAAAUCUCCCACCGAACCUCACCAGGACAACUCAAGCUGUGCACACACUGAUACUGAACCCACUGCGUCGUCAUCAUAUUCACAGGGCCCCAGCAGUACUCAGUCAUCCACCACCCACAUCACAGGGCUCGACACUGCUGUUGAUACUGUGGAGGCGGCUUCAUUUCAUCAAAACAUUAGUCGAACUGACUCAUUUGUAUCUACUGCAUCCGAUCUUACCAGACAGACUGCUAUGUUUGAGUCCUCAGAGAUGCUUCACACUUUCACUUCUUCCACACAGAGUCAAACAAACUCUCCGCAAAGCACAGAGAGCAUCACGCACUCACCGCCUCCCUACACAUCCUCCCAGUUCACACAGACGAGCAAAGAGGGGACACAAACAGCAACACAAAGAAUCUCCUCCUCGCCUGACAUUACAAAAAGGGAUGACUGGACUUUCACAGCUUCUUCUUCUACAUCCAGAACAGCACUGACGUUGGGAGAUGUAGUCCAGAACUCAGCUGCCACAGGAACGACUGCUGACACUGAAACGUUUACACUGCGUCCCACUUCUACGCUCUUACAUGACAAUAUGCCUACAAAUUCAUCGACUCCUGGUCCCGUUUUGUCAUCCAGUAUAUCCAUACAGUCAUCUACACCUUCAUACAUGUUCCAAACACACACUGCAUUUCCUGAUAGUUCACAUUUCACUCACACACCCCUGCCUUUGCCCUCCACUACCACUGAAUCCGCUGCACACCCACCCUAUAUCAACCGCGAAACCGUGCCUAUACCCUCACAAACGUCAACAAUAAAAUCUAUAUCUUCACAGAUGCCUCAUUCACAUAACCACAUGUCUUUGCAAUCUUCUACUGUCCCAGCCACGCAAAAACAGUCCCAUGACUAUAUACAUACUACACUUAAUUCUCAGCUCUUAAUCACAACUACAAAAUCAGAUUACGGACUUGGAGAUAAAGAGGGAGAAGCUGAGAGAGAGGAUGAGUCUCAGAUGUUGUUUCCCAGCAGCACAACCACACAAACUCCCACAGCUGGACUUCCACAGCAAUCCCCAACCCGGGAAACCCCACAUCCCAGCCAGAAGAACCAUACGACGCUGACACCUUCUGUUUUAACAUCCGUGCCCACUUGGAGCUCGACAACUAGUCAGACACCCAAGUUCUACAUUGAGCCAGACCAGCCUGCGGCCAUCAGAGUGAAGUCAAUUGAGCUGCUGCUUCAGAUCAUUGUGAAGGAGUCCCGAUCAGCUUUAACUUCUGGCUUAGAGGAAGAAACUGCUGCCUGGGUGGAACCAUACCUACAGAGAGCCCCAGGGUUCAGCAAGCUGCUGGGAGUCUGGAGCAGUGGCCAUGCAGUGCAGAGUCUGGUGGAGUUUAAAACCAGCGGGGCUCUGCAGUGGCUCAGCAUGACAGGACCAACAUCACUGUUGGAACGAACAGGACUGGCUCAGGCUGUUCGCGAGGGAAGGAGCUUCAGAUUGUCCAAGAUCACCAACAUCACACUGGGAGGUCUGCAGGGUGACGUGUGUGGCUGGUUACUACAGUGCCAAGCAGGCUAUAUGUGUGUGUCCCAGCCUGGCACUUCUAACUACAGCUGUUCUUCUGUCUGUCAUUUUGACUACUGCCACCACCAUGGCAUCUGUACCCACCACCCGGGCCAACUUCCAGUUUGCCGCUGCCUUGUAGGAGAGGAAUUCUGGUACAUGGGUCAGAGGUGUGAUGUGAGGAUGACUCGAGCGCGGCUCGUGGGCGCAUGUCUUGCCAUCUUACUCAUCAUGGUGACAGUGAUUGGCGUUUUGGCCUUUGUAGCAGUGCGACGCUACCGUGCCAUUCUGAUCCAGGCCAAAGUAGAUCAGACUCGGAGCAGCUAUCGCAGGUUCAACCAUUUUGAUGAGCUGUCAGGACGGUUUUGGUUGCGUUCGUGGGCAGGAUCAGCAGACUCUCUAGAUAAUCCUGCCUUUACACGCUCUGAUGAGUUACUACACCUGCGGGCCCUCGACCGCCCAUGCUGUUACCACGACGACACGCUGUCACUGGCUUCCACCUGCCCCAGCCACGGAGCACGUAUCAAUACGAUCUAUCCCCACAGCUCUCAGUAUGGUUGGAGGGGAAGUGAGAUGAGCAUGGGGGAUGGUGUGUUGGACUCAGGUAAGGCCAGUGACCUUUCUGUCUGUAGCUGGCCUGUGGAACCCAUUCAGUGGACUCCUUUCCCACUUCUGCAGCAACUGGCUUCCCACAGGACACCCACAGUGAGGGUGUCAAGGCCACGGUCCUACUGUGAAGGCAUGGAGCUGGUAGACCUGGGGAAGAGCUGGACUGCUUGACAUACACAAAGAAGAAUAAUAUCUGUUCUGACACUGGUAUUUGCAGCUUAUUGUUGUAUUCUAGGCCUCAAAUGUUCUUGUUUUGUUGAUAACAACUGUAAAACAAUAUGUAAAUGUGUGUGUAUAUUAAGUGUAUAUUUUUGGUAAAUUGUUGCUACAUUUUCAAUGUGUUUCUUAUAUUUUCCCUCUAACCUUCUGAUGUAGGGUGUAAAAAUAGAAAAAGAAAGAGGCAGUCUGAAUGUCUAUGGCACAGAUUUGUAGAUAAUGCUUUAAUAAACAUUAAUCGUACUCAGGGCAAUUCAAACAAGUCAUCGCUUAGCAAGGAAAGUUCAAUUGUUUGUCACAUUACAUAUGCAAAGGCAGUUAAAGUGCUCAACAUAAGGCAUUAAAUCAUUUUACAGGGUGAAUUACAUAUAUAAAACAUAAAUAUGAUAUAAAGAUAAAUCAAGAUGUAAGUGAAAAGUGCUUUAAUAAAUUUGACAUUUUGGGAAA